UUUCUGGCGAUGAGUGAUCAGUCGCAAUUAAAACUUUGUGUUUUAAUUAUUUAAUUAAUAUUAAAAACCUUAUACUUCUACAAAAAUUCUUCGUUAUUACGUAUACAAAAGUGAGCCUUUUAAUUAAAGUUACAGUCUAGUCAUGCGUAAAGAAGAAUACACAUAUUAAUUGUGCCUGCUUCAUUUCACAUUAAACUUAUUGCAUCAAACACAUUGUUAAGUGCACAGUGGAUGUAGUGCAUAGAACAAUGAGACAAUAUCAACAAAGAAGAAUCAUUAGCAACUCACCUUGCAGUUAAGCGGUAAUGCAGUAAAAAUGCAGCAGUCUAUCAACACCUGCCUCCUAGGCCUUUUAGGCUUUCUUACGUAUGUCAAAGGGAAUCUUAUUGUGUAUACCCAGGAUGUACCGCAUACGAUAGCAGAUGAAUUCCGUGACAUGCCUGCUAGUUUCGGUCCGGAUUUGCCGGUCGAGGGACUCCGUGGCUUCCUCGUGGUGGGCGAACCGGCAGAUGGCUGCGGCGUCAUGACCAAACCACCUAUUGACGAGAACUUUACUGGCAACUGGAUUGUGCUAGUUGCUAGAUACAACUGCAGUUUCGAAGUAAAAGUCCGCAAUGCGCAGGCGGCUGGCUUCCACUGUGCCAUAGUACAUAACGUCAACUCUAGUGACCUAGAGACAAUGUCCGCGAGUAAUCCCAUGGGAAUAGAUAUACCCUCGGUAUUCGUGAGUGAUGUAGCUGGGAUCAUCUUAUCCGAAGAGUAUAAUUAUACUAACCGGUACUAUAUAAUGGUGAACGGUGAUCUUCCGUUUAACAUCAACACACACCUACUUCUGCCCUUUGCGAUAGUGGUCGUGUUGUGUUUGAUAGUAAUACUUGUGUUUAUGAUAGUAAAAUGUAUAAAAGACCGGCGCCGAGCAAACCGGCAUCGUCUUCCGAAUCGCUCGCUUAAAAAGAUUCCUACUUGCAAGUUCAGCAAAGGGGACCCUUACGAGACGUGCGCUAUUUGCCUUGAUGAUUACCAGGAAGGGGAACGGCUACGAGUACUUCCCUGUGCACAUGCGUACCACGCGAAGUGCAUUGACCCGUGGCUAACUCAAAAUCGUCGCGUGUGUCCCGUUUGUAAGCGGCGCGUGUUUGCCGCUGGGGAGAGGCGACGCCCUCAUCCUGACUCCGAUACGGAUGAUACGGAACCACUUGUGGGCGACUCCCAGGAGGGAAACGAUACCCAGGGUGGUACAUUUGAGGAACAACGGGAAAACCCUUUCGUGAGAGCAACGCGGUACAUCGCGCGACUGAGGGCUCGACAACAAGAAACCAAUAAUUCUGAGGUAGAAGCACCUCAACAGCAGAUUAAUAGUAGUGAAGUUACGGUAGAUGUAGAGCCAGUAGAUGACACUCAGCCCCUACUGGCGUCCGUCCCUCGCCAGAAUCGGCGCAGAAGUCGCCGAUCUCGCUCAGCGCACGCGCAGCCCCAGUCCGCGCCUUCACAGCCAGAAAUCGGUGUAGCAGCUUUACACGCCCCGCAGUCACAGGUGGAAAGACGUUUCAUUGAUUUAUGAAUACAAAACAAUAAUUUUAUGUUGAAGUUGGUACUAACCGAUUUUUCUAUUGAGUUAUCUACCAUUUUUACUGUGAUGGGUGAAGGGUAAUACCACUUUUGGCAUUGGCGUUUGACUUCUUUCCUGAUUAAUUUGUAUUACGCAAUAUAUUUUACUAUAGAACUUAGUUAUGUUAUUUUUUUUUUCAAUAUACAAAUAAAUCCGCAAAUCCUAUAUCGAUUUGAUUAUUAAUUUGGAAGUUGACAGGUAAUAAUUUUUAACACCGCUUGGAUGGAAAUUUCUACUAUAAAAAACGGUACUGAAACAUGAGUUCAUUUUAAUUCCUUUACUUGAAAUUUUACUGGCUUGAUUACUGGUACAUUAAAACAAAUUGAGUAAAACUCUUAGUUCUUACAUACCCUCUGGGUUGUGUUGAAAAAUAUACACCUGUAUUAAGGAAAAUUAUAAGAUUACAAAGGGAAAGGUGUCAAUCCGAUUAUGACAAUAUUAGUGUAAUCCUUUGUGCAAUCAUGUAUUUAUUAACGCGACUAUCACACUAUAAUUAUUCCACUCAUUUCGAUCCAUUGACUGUCUUAAUUCAUAUGGGAUAGUGCACGAUGUCUCUGACAAUACACAUAACGGUCCCGAAGGGAGAUUUUGUAAAUAACAGCUAGGUUUAAGGUAAGCGCGUCUCUUAACCAUAAUAAUGUAAAUGAAAAAUUAUUCAGAUAUGUUUGUGACAAGCUAGCUUUACAUUACCCUAAUAUAUUGAACUGUAAUAUUUUAAAUGCGAAAGUGCCGCCGCGAAUCGCUUAUCAUUUUUUUGGUAUGAAGAUAUGGUAUUGGCUAUAAUGGCAAAAAUCUUGUGCAUGAAUCAUUGUGUUUUUAAAUGGAACAUACCAGCCUACUUUCUAUACAUUUAUACAUAAUUUAAAAUGAAAUAUUAAAGAAAUAGUGUGAAGCUAGCUUGAAUAAAAAUUAUGUUUAUGUAGUCAGUUCCUAUUAAUUGAUAAAACAGCUUAUCAAAUCAACGUCCUCGUUUCUUAAGUGAUAAUUUACAUUGAAACGGCAUAAAGUAGUUUUUCUUGAAAUUUCAUGAAUCAUCUUUAAUCGUAAACGGUAUUGAUAAACGUACUAUGGCGCAUACGUAGGUAUUUUUGUUUAUUUUAAAUUUGUUGCUUAUAGGACCGUUUCAGAUUCUAUAGAGACGAGAUGUUUUGGGGAAAAUUAAGGAACUGACUAAUAAGGCUGUUGUAUUAUUUACCUAGCUCAGAUAUAUUGGUGUCAAUGUGGUUACACGUUUUGGGCCAUUUUGACACCAAUCUGGCCAGGCUAGGAAUCUCAAGUGUUUCUUUAGUUAUUAUAAAUUUUAUAAAGUAUUUAUUUCGUGUUUGUUUCCAUAACGCUUGUAUAGAAAUUCUAACUAUGUAUUGUGAUAUAUUUCGUUUCUCUUAUGACCAUUUCCAGUAAGUUCUUAGGAUAAAAACCAAAGAAAUAAAGUCGUUUGACACGAAAUGAG